CCCCUAUCGCCUACCCCCUACCGCCCCCCUACCUCCUACACCCUAACCUACCCCCAACCCCUACCAACUAACCCCUACCGCCUACCCCCUACCCCCUACCGUCUACCCCCUACCCCCUACUGCCUACCCCCUACCGUCUAUCCCCUACUGCCUAACCCCUACCCCCUAUCGUCUACCCCCUACCGCCUAAACCCUACAGUCUACCUUCUACCCCCUACCAUCUACCCCCUACCGCCUAACCCCUACCGCCUACCGCCUACGUCUACCGUCUACCCCCUACCGUCUACCCCUACCGCCUACCCCCUACCGCCUACCCCCUACAGUCUACCCCCUACCGCCUACCCCCUACUGCCUACCCCCUACUACCUACCCCCUACCGCCUACCCCCUACCCCCUAACCCCUACCCCCUACUGCCUACCCCCCCUACCGCCUACCCCCUACCGUCUAACCGUCUACCGCCUACCGUCUACCCCCUACCGCCUACCCCCUACCGUCUACCCCUACCGCCUACCCCCUACCGUGUACCCCCUACCGUCUACCCCUACCGCCUACCCCCCCUACCGCCUACCCCCUACAGUCUACCCCCCUACCGCCUACCCCCUGCCGCCUACCCCCUACCGCCUACCCCCUACCUCCUACCUCCAACCCCAUACCAUCUAACCCCUACCCCUAACCCCUACCGCGUACCCCCCCUUACCCCCUACUGCCUACCCCCUACCGCCUACCCUCUACCCCCUACCGCCUGA